AUGUCAACCCGUCCACCCAAGACUCACUACGCCAGCUCCUCCUCAACAGACACAGACAGCAGUUCACCUUCAUCGUCGGAUACCGAUCUGUCCUUUCUAUCCAGUAUGGACGUUCAGCCUGUCGCUUCGGUUGAGGUGUUGCGCUGCCUGCGCUGCCAUCGCCAUGUCGAGGCCACAUCCACCGACGACCCAGCCUCGACGGGGAUGAUCCGAGUAGGAUUCAACCUCUACUAUUGCCAGAAGUGCGCGACGGCAGUCGGCCUGAACGACGACAACGAAAGAUUGCAUCGCUCUAUUCACGAACAAACCGAUGCGACUUUUUGA